CUGAACAAUAUUCAGGUGUGGUAACCGUAGCCUAAGUGGAAUAAUUGAUUCCAGCCUAAUUUUUCAACUGACCGUCGUCAAUCCAAGCCGUAUCACAUUCUUACCCACGACACUGUGAGGACCAAAAUCAUUUACAGUUUAACUGAAAAUCAUUGACCGUUUCGAAUAGCUCUGUUGAAAGGUGAUUUUUAGACAUUAACUUCAGAAUCAUCAGGUUCAUGAAAUGGGAGGAGUGAACGAAUAUAAAUGUGGGGAAUGAUCUUCUACUCUGACAUCUUUCUAUAAGAAAAAUAGAUGGUUUGAAUCCCACCGACAGGAACAUCCACACACCAGUACAGCUGUCAGAGGAAUAGAUUGGUGAUUUUCACGCUAUGUUAAUUGAGGAGCGUAUAUUAACACUUUUCCGUAGGAACUGUCAACAUACACUGACAUACUGGAGUGUGUUCUUUAGCUUUGGACUGAGCAUCGCCUUCCUGGGGCCUACGAUCAUAGAUCUGAAAUGCCAGACAGGCUCCACGUUACAGGAGAUCACCUGGGUGUUCUUCUCCCAGCAGAUCUGCCUGCUCAUCGGCAGCUCGGCUGGAGGACUUUUCACAAAAACGUUGUUCGGUGCUCUCAUCGCUCUGUUUUUCUCCUCCCUCAUCAUCUCUGUGGUUUUUGCUAUCAUCCCACUUUGCUAUAAUGUGCUGUUGCUGGCGGUUGCUAUGGCAGUGUCAGGCCUGGCUAUGGGCAUCAUCGACACUAUAGCAAACUUCAGACUGGUGUCUAUGUAUAAGAAAGACUCUGCUAUCUUUCUGCAGGCACUGCACUUCUUCAUUGGGCUCGGCGCUCUGGUGAGCCCCCUGAUUGCAGAGCCUUUCAUAUCAGAGCACUGCAUGGGCAGUAAUAGCACAGAAAAUGCCACAGAGACACUUCGCCACUUCAGAUCCAGCGACAGGUCACCUGCAAUCCUUGACGAGCAUUCCCUGCACUCUGAGCUAGUCGAGGAGAAGGCCAGUGUGUCAUACGCCUUCUGGAUCAUGGCUGUCAUAAAUUUGCCUGUGCCGAUUGCAGUUUUUGUGUUGAUGUACAAAGAGAAGCUGCUUCGCUGUUGUACGAGCAGCCCUCCACGACUGCUGGACAAAGAUGAGUUAGCCAUGGAGACUAAAGCACCAGAAAUCACAGAAAUGCCUGAACCAUACGACGCAGAUUUACAUCAUUCAGGACAUGGGAACAUUUUCAGCUGCUGCAUGAAUAGUAACCUGCGUGGGUUACCGGUCACUUUUUUUGUUAUCCAUAUCUUGGGUGGAAUGGUGCUGUUUAUGACAGAGGGCAUUAUGGGGGUCUAUGCCGGCUUUGUUUACACGUAUGCUGUUUCAGCUCCCAUUUCACUGCACGCUAAAAUGGCAGGAUACCUGAACAGUAUCUUCUGGGCGGCCGUCACAGCUGGACGACUGGUGUCUGUCCCGCUAUCGUACCGCUUCAGGCCAGUGCAUCUGCUCAUCGUGAACCUGGCUGGUGUGAAUGUAACAUUGCUGCUGUUACUGAUCCUUUACACAAAUAGAGUGUUUCUGUUUGUUGGGACGACCUUGCUCGGGCUUUUCAUCAGCAGUGUUUUCCCCUGCAUAGUGGCCUACACUGAGGACAUCCUAAACUACCGUGGAUGUGCAACAACACUUUUAGUGACAACUUCCGGAAUGGGUGAGAUGACGUUGCAAGUGUUGGUUGGAUCACUUAUUCAGAAACAAGGCAGCUACAGUUUUUUGGUAUGUGGUAUGGUCAUCGGAUGCCUUGGUUUCAUCUUCCUCUUUAGCGUGAUCCUGUGCAACAGCAUCCACAGAAAUCUCACAGGAGCAUCUAAAAAAGCAGCACCCGCUCCACCUGCUUCAGAGAAAGUUGCUCCAGAACAGAAAGUUGCUGUUAUACAGCCUGAAUCAAUUAAAUGUGACUCUGGAUGAAACCAUUGACAGGUCGCAACCUGCUGGAAAUACUUGACAACUGUAAACAGUGAAUGUGCUUUUAUCAUAUUUCUGAUAUUUGUGUAAAAAACAACAGAAAACCCUACAGUGAUGCAAUAUGUUUUAUGUAUAAGUUUGGUAUUUUAUAUAUAUAUAUAUAUAUAUAUAUAUAUAUAUAUAUAUAGUUUAUUUGUUUAGUUUCUUGCAAAUAAUCUUGACUGAACAGGAAGAGAAGACAAAUGUGAGAUGUAUGAUUACAGGAGGGGAACUAAGUCAUUUAUGGCUCAUUAAAAUGGAUAAAUAUAAAGUUUUGAGCUUUACCUAAGACUGAAAAUUAUUAACACCAAAUUAAAUGAAUAAUUCACCAAUCCAAGAAUUCCAAGAACUUCCUUAUUUCUUCAAAACUAUUUUUAUCUUGUUAAAAAUGGUCUUAGGCUGGAAGGUCAUGGCCAGAAUAUUGUACUGGUUAUUCACUUUGGUGUUUAUUUGAAAAAUUCACGACUAACGCAAAAAGAUAUUUGCAGUAAUAUUGCAAUAAAUUAUUGUUUACCGUGUCAAGAGACGAACACAAACUUUGUGUUCUGCCAAAAUAAAUGUGCAGAAGAUGUC